AUGACGUCCGCUCGAGCUCUCCAGGCUCGGCGGCUCCUGGUUAAGCGCCCGCCGCGCCCCGCCCCCCGCGCCGCCCCGCCCCGCGCCGCCGCGCCCGGGACGCCGCCGCGCCCCGAUACGGGCGACGUCCUGCAGCAGAUCAUGGCCAUCACCGACCGGAGCCUGGAGGAGGCGCGGGCCAGAAAGCAUGCUCUGAAUUGCCAUGGGAUGAAGCCUGCUCUCUUCAGUGUGCUCUGUGAGAUCAAGGAAAAGACAGUUGCAAAGUGGGGCUACCAAGAGGGGUGCUGUGAGGAUCAGAUGAGAGACAUGGCACAGAAUCAGCACACAAUCCACGUUAGCUGUUGCUCAACAAACAUCGGUUGGCUGGCUGCCCAGUAGGUGGGAGGCCUUUCGCAUCCAUCCAUCCAUC